AUGGCCCGGGCCGGCGGGGCGGCGGCGGCGGGGCCGCGGCGGCGGGUGCUGGUGCUGAUGGUGCUGGUGGCCGCGGCGGCGCGGCGGGGCCGGGGCUCGGGCCGGCGGCGGGGAGGCGGCUCCCCCGGGCCCUCCGGUGCCCCCGGGCCCCUGCCGCCCCCCGGGCCCCUCCUGCUGCUGCUGCCGCUGCCGCUGCCGCUGCCGCCGCCGCCGUCCCGCGCCGCGCCCGCCGCCGCCGCCCGCCCGGAGGCGCUGCCCCGGGGGGGGCUGCCCAUGAAGGAAGAGCCCCUCACGGCCGGGCUGCCCUCGGUCCGCUGGCUGCAGGGCACCGGCAUCCUGGACGCCAGCACGGCGGCGCAGAGCGGCGUGGGCCUGGCCCGGGCGCACUUCGAGAAGCAGCCGCCGUCGAACCUGCGGAAAUCGAACUUCUUCCACUUCGUGCUGGCCAUGUACGACCGGCAGGGGCAGCCCGUGGAGAUCGAGCGCACCUCCUUCAUCGACUUCGUGGAGAAGGAGCGGGAGCAGAACGGGGAGAAAACCAACAACGGGAUCCACUACCGGCUGCAGCUGCUCUACAGCAACGGGCUCCGCACAGAGCAGGAUCUCUAUGUGCGCCUCAUCGACUCCAUGUCCAAGCAGGCCAUCAUCUACGAGGGGCAGGACAAGAACCCCGAGAUGUGCCGGGUCCUCCUCACGCACGAGAUCAUGUGCAGCCGCUGCUGUGACAAGAAGAGCUGCGGGAACCGCAACGAGACCCCCUCAGACCCGGUCAUCAUCGACAGGUUUUUCCUGAAGUUUUUCCUCAAGUGCAACCAGAACUGCCUGAAGAACGCGGGGAACCCCCGGGACAUGCGGCGCUUCCAGGUGGUGGUGUCGACGACGGUGAACGUGGACGGGCACGUGCUGGCCGUGUCCGAGAACAUGUUCGUGCACAACAACUCCAAGCACGGCUGGCCGUCACGGCCGCGCGCGCGGCGCCUCGACCCCUCCGAAGCAGCCACCCCCUGCAUCAAAGCCAUCAGCCCCAGCGAGGGCUGGACCACGGGCGGUGCCACCGUCAUCGUCAUCGGGGACAACUUCUUCGAUGGGCUGCAGGUCGUGUUCGGCACCAUGCUGGUGUGGAGCGAGCUCAUCACCCCUCACGCCAUCCGGGUGCAGACCCCCCCGCGGCACAUCCCCGGCGUGGUGGAGGUGACGCUCUCCUACAAAUCCAAGCAGUUCUGCAAAGGGGCCCCCGGCCGCUUCGUCUACACCGCACUGAAUGAGCCCACCAUCGACUACGGGUUCCAGCGGCUGCAGAAGGUCAUUCCCCGGCACCCUGGGGACCCCGAGCGCCUGCCUAAGGAGGUGCUGCUGAAGCGGGCCGCUGACCUGGUGGAGGCUCUCUAUGGAAUGCCGCACAGCAACCAGGACAUCCUCCUCAAGCGCGCUGCCGACGUGGCCGAGGCUCUCUACAGCGUCCCCCGCAGCGCGGGGCAGGUCCCUCCGCUGGCCGGCACCCACGGCCCCGCCGCCGGCGUCAUGGGGGUGAGCUCCUUCGGCUCGCAGCUGCCCGUCAGCAUCGGUGACUCCCCGCAGGGCCCGGAGCAAGGCUACUCCCGCAGCCCCGGCAGCGCCUCGCCGCGCGGGUACGUGCCCAGCUCCACGCCGCAGCACAGCGGCUACGGCGGCGGCACCGGCAUCACCGGCUACGGCGGCGGCGGCGGCACCAUGGCCGGGCUCGGGGUGCCCGGGUCCCCCAGCUUCCUCAACGGCUCCACCGCCAACUCGCCCUAUGCCAUCAUGCCCGCCAGCCCCCCGCUCGGCGCCUCCUCCAUCACCGUCCCGUCGGGCACCAGCGCCUCCACCCCCAGCGGGGUCUUCUCCUUCUCCCCGGUGAACAUGAUCUCGGCCGUGAAGCAGAAAAGCGCCUUCGCUCCGGUGGUGCGGCCGCAGAGCUCCCCCCCGCCCGCCUGCGCCAGCACCAGCAGCCUGCAGGACGCGGCUUUCGAGGACUCGGACAAGUUCCACACGCCCGCGCGGCCGCUCCAGGGCCUGGCCUAUUCCUAAAGCACAGCGGGGCCCGGGAUGCAGCGGCUGCCCCGAGCCCCUCAUCCCGCCGGGGCGCGGAGGGAAGGGACCCCCCGAUCCCUGCCCGCCCCUCGCAGCCGGGCCCAUGGGAGCCGGGCGGCACCGGAGCCGCGGCACGGGCAGGACCGAGAGCGGCCCCUCCGCUCCGCUCCCGGGGUUUUCCAUGGGGAUCGGGGUGCACGGGGCUGCGGGACCCCCCCCCCCCCCAUCCCGCUGCCCUGCGGCCACCCCAGCACGGCCCCGCGGAGCCGGUGACCCCGGACAGGGCUGGCACCGGCCCCGGUGUGGC